GCAAAUGACCAUGGAUGCAGGGGAACCGCAACAAGAUGGCAGCGCAGCAGAUUCUGUAGCAGAAAGUGAUUCUGCUAAUAUACAGUCUCUGUCUGGCCAAAGUCAGAUUUCUGCUAUAGCUCAGGUGUCAGUAGCCGGAUCCACAACUGGGAGAGGCUCUCCCUCAGUAACCGUUGUGCAGUUGCCUUCUGGCCAAACGGUCCAUGUGCAGGGAGUGAUUCAAGCCACCCAGCCUUCAGUCAUUCAGUCACCACAGUUGCAAUCUGUUCAGGUAGUGUCUGCUACAAAUGCAGACGAAUCCACGGAAUCGGAGGCUGUAAUCGAUUCUCAGAAGCGUGGGGAAAUACUCUCAAGGAGGCCUUCGUACCGAAAAAUUCUGAAUGAUCUUUCUUCUGAUGCCCCUGGUGUCAAUAAGAUUGAAGAAGGAAAGCCAGAGGAAGAAGGAGCACCCUCUGGCAUUCCCACCAUGGCCGUGCCAACCAGCCUUUACCAGACUAGCACUGGACAGUACAUUGCUAUAGCCCAGGGUGGAGCAAUCCAGAUAUCUAAUCCAACAUCUGAUGGCGUUCAGGGGUUACAAACAUUAACCAUGACAAACUCGGGAGCUCCUCAGCCCGGCGCUACCAUUGUACAAUAUGCAGCUCAAACACCCGAUGGCACACAACAGUUCUUUGUACCUGGGAGUCAAGUUGUUGUCCAAGAAGAAGAAGAGCAGUCUGCACCUGAACUUAUGGCAUCGGCUACUGGUGACAUGCCAACUUACCAGAUCCGAACUCCGACCACUGCCUUACCUCAAGGGGUCGUCAUGGCAGCAUCCCCAGGAACGUUGCACAGCCCGCAGCAGCUAGCGGAAGAAGCGACGCGCAAAAGAGAGCUGCGGCUUAUGAAAAAUAGGGAAGCUGCAAAAGAAUGUCGGCGGCGGAAGAAAGAAUACGUGAAAUGCCUGGAGAGCCGUGUCGCGAUGUUAGAAGUCCAGAACAAGAAACUUAUAGAAGAGUUAGAAACCUUAAAAGACAUUUGCUCUUCCAAGACAGACUAGUGUCGGUAUUGAUAACUGUGAACUGGCUAACAGCAUGUACAGAUGCUCCUGCAGGCAAUGUCUAGUCGACCAGAAUUAUGACUUUUCCUCUGUAUCAUUUGUCUUCUCCCUCCAGCCUCUAAUAUUC